AUGCCUCACAAGAGGAGUAGAACAGGUUGCCUAACCUGCAGAGACGAUGGGUACAAGUGCGAUGAAGGGAAACCAAGUUGCGACCGGUGCAUCCGGCUUGGUAAGACCUGCAAAGGGUACGGGUUGAGGGUGAGAUGGAAAACGACCGAAGCGCUCGCGAACUCUUCAAAAGUAACGAAAAAGCGAAGCUCAAGGGCUAGAAGUGCUGCGCUCUCUCAGCAGAGCACUUCAUCAUCCUCUCCUGAGCCACAAUCUACAGGCACAGUAACCCCCACUGAGCCUUAUUUUGGCCAUGCAAGCCUGAUCAGAAACCCGUCCGUCUCACCAGACAUCUCUCCAAUGAAUCACUUCUUGCUUCAUCACUGGAAUUCGUCACUCGCAGGUGUCAUUUCGAUGGCGUCUGGCACAGAAAAUCCGUUCCUCCUUCAUCUUACGCCGAUGACACUUCGUUCGAACGCACUUCUUUACUCCAUAUCCUCUAUGGCAGCGGGGCAUCUCUCCGUUCUUCGGAAUGACGAAUCGCUUCGAACUCUGGCAUCCCGCCAUAUGAUUAUGGCGGUAUCCUCACUCCGAGAGAGUAUUCAGACGGAACAUCCUGAGAUUUCUCUAGCGACCAUCUUGAUGCUUCAGAUCUCAGAUCGACUGUUCAACACCCACAGCCAAAUUGACCACCUAGCCGGUGCCAAAGCUGUCAUUAUGCACUCUGGAGGACCAGGCAACUGGAAAAGCUCGACUGCCCAAUUUCUUCUCAGCCUCUGCUUUUACCACGAUGUCAUGUCGUCCAUAUCGCGCACCUCCAAGCCACUACUGACCAUGACGAACGUGGCACCUCUUGAAGGACUUGAAAGUCUCGCGAAGCUUACAUCUGUUCUUUCAGUCGUUGCUACAAUAAGUAAAAUGCAAGGGAAAAGCGGUGAGGCUCAUCAACAGCGCGGUUUCAACAUUAAGCAGAAUUUACUGGCUGUUGGUGUGUCUCCCAAUGGGAACCCGGACAUCGAGAACACGAUCCAAGCGUGCAAGCAUGCUGCCAUUAUUUAUCUAUACCGGUUAUGGGAGGAUGGCACGCAGCAUCUGAAGCCGGUACAUGCAGAAGAAUGCCUUCGAUAUCUCCUGAAAGUCCCCAUCACCUCGUCAUUCGUUUCAGCCCAUGCAUGGCCCCUGUGGACUGCUGGAUGCGAGUCGGUUGACCCUCAACUACGACAGCUUGCCCUGGAGCGGCUCGAAGCGCUGUAUCAGAAUCGGCACCUACCAUCACUGAAACGGGUCCAACAAGACAUGAUAGAGGUAUGGAAAGCAAAAGAUGCGGCACGGCUACAGUUUGGAACGGAAAAUGUGGAUUGUUGCCGAGUAAUUCUGCUUAACCGCCGCCGAGAAGCGGACUUGGUCUGA